UUUCCUGCCUCACCAGCGAAGAAGACGUCAUCUUCAUCGACGUGGCCCGCGGUGGCGUCCAACUGAACCUGGAGACCGCCGUGGAGGAGGUCCAGGAGGUCUGCGGGGAGGCCUUCCACAGGAUCCUCCUCGAGCCCAUGACGCCUGGCCUGCUUCUGCACUACCUGUCUGCCGGCGGCUACCAGUGGAAGCGGAGCGUCCGCGCGGAGACGGAGGCCGACCACCAGGCCAACCAGCUGCUGCUCUACCGGACCAUGGACGGCUGCCAUCCGGGACGGCUGCAGCUGCGCAGCGUCUGCGGCCAGCUGCAGGCCGCAAGACGGGCCUACACCCGCCGCCUCUGUCAGGUCAGCCAACCGGAACGGGGUGCCAGCAAUAGGUGUCACGGGUUCUAUGUGUUCAAGUGAUGUUGCACAUCUCCUAACCGAAGUGCUAACAAGCACAAAGGUACAGAUAGCAUACUUUUCUUCUGAAAUUUGUAAAUAUGGUCACUUCAAACCGCAGUAAUGGACGUAAUGAAAUAAUGAACCACCGCAGUCUGGGCGCCCUAAAACCCCAAACCGUCAUCAUAAUCCUCAAUCAGCAGUUAUGAGUUUAUUUUCUCCUUCUUCAGGAGUACCUGGACGCGGCUAAUGUGUCCGAGGACGAGGCGGCGGGUAUCCGCCAGUUUAUGGCGUCCCUGGUGAGCCGCAGUACCGAGGUUCACCGGUGGCUCAACACCAACGAGGCGUACCUGAGACGCACGGCGGCUCUCGUGGGCAUCGAGUCCUACGGCUACUACGACCCAUUGCUGGAAAUCGGCGACGUCGUCACCUUCGUGGCUGACAGCGGGGUGAUGGGCGUCAUCUACGCCGUGCUCUCUUCAAAGGUGACGGACAACGAGCCCACCGCGUGGUACGACCUGCUCCUGGACGGCGAACACUGCGCUCUCCGCGUCAGGGAGGAGGACCUGGUGCUGGCGGAGCGUCCCCGUCCCGUCCGCCACCUGGAGCUGGGACGCUACUUCUCCCACUUCCACCACGGACACUACCAGCCCCUGCCGCACCUGCGCCUGACCAGCAAGCCCCCCUCGGCAGUCGGCCGGGAGCCUCGUCUGGUGGACGGCUCGGUCCCUCAGGAGCCCCACACCGGUCGGGAGGCUGGGGAGGACAGGCCGCCCACCGCCUGGCUCGGAGACUGGCCCUUCCUCGGGAGAGGGGACGUGCCGGAGGGGGCGGGGGAAGAGGGUGCCGGCUCCGUCUGAGGUCGCCCGGCCCUGACGAAGGUGGCCCGAGACCAAUGUGGGCAGAACCUAUCACCUGACCUGAAUAUGCGAUGUUGUAAUAUACCUAUUUGUACAUAUUUUUUAGUUUAGUUACGUUAUAUUGUGUCUAGCUGUUUUAGAAUGAACUGUGAUAUGAUGUUAUACCUAUGCUACUGCUUUCUACCAAUUCUCGUGUUUUUUUUUUCAAACUUGAUAAGACUUACGAUGUGUUGUGAUUAUCUUGUAAUAUGUUGCAAUGCUGAUUAUAACUGUGACGCUGUUGAUGCCACGGGGUGCCUGUUUGAAGACGUUGAACCUGGAAUAUUGUAAUUAUAGCCCUUUGUUAUUGUCGAAUACUCUUGUGUCGUGAUCUGCAUUGCACGCUGUGCAAUAUACCUACUUAUUGUCAUGAUCCACCUUUCUCGCUCUUGAGGGUUUCUUCCGCUGGUGGACGGCUAGUUUUUUUGUGGGGGGGGGGGUGGAAAGCAACACUAUCUGGGUACGAGAGACUCUUACUGGCGGGCACGGCGAACUAUCUUGAAGAGCUUUUUAGCUUAGCUUUGAAAUUGCUUCUCUACAUUAUUCACACGAUCUGACACUAGUACAGCCGUUCUCGAAGAAACGAGUGGUCUAACCAGUGGAUGAGACCGCUCAGUACCUAUAUGAAACCGACGCUGAUAAGCUGCUAGAAGAAAACUAAAUAAUACAGGAAUGAAUGCGAAACCCAAUACAUAAUACAGUAACAGAUAGUUGGUAUGAACUGACGGACUGACAGAAACUGAUUUAAAACCUGCGCUCUAACAAAGACGGGCAGCCAGCCGGCCGUGCGUCCUGAAC